AUGGCGCAACUUUCGAUCCAGGAGCUGACGGUCCAUGUUGCCAACAAGUUAAGCAACAAGAUACUGCUAGUGCAUUGCCGAUCCAAAGACGACGAUCUCGGCGCCCUCGUCGUGGAGAUUGGCGCCGAGAUGAGCUGGAGGUUCGAGGUUAACGCGAUGGGCUCGACGCUUUUCUGGUGCAAUCUCGCGGUCGAAGAUAAGCGUCUCUCUUUCGAAGCGUACGGCGGGGAGGGCGAGCCGUAUUACGGGUACUUCAAUGUCUACGAUGAUGGGGUGUACGGGAAGAAUUUCGUUACCAACAAAAAAUUGAUGGGUAGGUGGAGGCGAAUUUGGGUACCGUAG